AUGGUGAUUCGAGGCCUUUUGUUGCCGCCAUUUUUUCAUUCGCUUCAGGUUCUGUCUCGUUGCACUCGCUGCAACAUCUUCAAGCUGGCUUAUUCGAAGACACACGGUGUUUUGUUCGACCCAGAUUUUCAAACGCCUCUAAUACUCGGCGAGUCGUUGGAUCUGUCGGACUCAGAAGAAUCACAGUUUGUCGGUGCAUUUUCAGACGGCCUGUGGGCCAAGUCUGAGCCCAUCUUGUCCAUGUCUGCUUUCCAGAAGCCCGUUGCCGGCGCCAUAAUAGAUUAUGGUUCCACUCGGUCUUUGCAUGAUGCUGCUUCUUAUUCGAAUUACGGUCAAUCGCCUUAUGUGACGACCCCGAUGGUUCCCUCGCCCAUGGCCGACCAGGCAAGUCAAAUCUCGGAUUGCGUUCCGUAUCUGCCCAACGAGUACCCUAGCUCGUACGAAGAGUCUCAGUCGCCCAUGUUGGGCACACGCCACCGUCAGCUACCCGAAAUUGUGACAUACAGUCCCCAGCGGGGAAGUGAAGGAACUAGGGUGAUGGUCCAGAUCCAGUGCCCCUAUGACCUUCACGCUUCUUCAUACGCAGCUUUGUAUGUGGUUUUUGGCUCCAAGAAGUGUGAAUCACUCCCGCAUUUCCUUGGAUUCCAGGGCUCCGCGUUCCAGUACGGUCUUUCCGCUGAUGUACCUGCAUUCUUGUCUACUGGAUCCCCAUCUUUUGCUGUUCCUCUCUCUGUCUCAAUGGAGACCCAGGAUGACUGCCCCGCCACUUCUCUUCAGGUUGGUGUGUACACUUAUGAGCAAGUUGCCCACCCUUCGCCAUCAGCAGAUUCCCGCAAGAGAAAGUUCUCCUCGUAUUCUGAUGUUUCUGUGGCAUCUGCCAAGCGACACAACGGAUCCGUGAUCCCCAAGGUUGAGCACCACGAGGGCUACCACAGCCGCUCUGUAUCUGCAUCUUACUCGCCUUACUUGCAGCCCCUUCCCGCUAUGGCCGGGUUCGUCGCACCAUAUCAUGCUGCAUCCUCUCCCCAGACUGGCUCUGGCCAAUACUCUUCUGUGUCUGCUACCCCCCAACCUGCCCUCCGUGUCCCUUCCCCUAUAACCCCAGCUUGGAGCCCGUCUUUCAUCUCUGUGAGCAACGAUAGUCGCAACGCAGGUCUCGCCUUGACACAUGGUGUUUCUCAGCACAAGGGUCCCACCCAGCGUGGUCCCUCAAAUCCCACUUUGAUCCGCACCUCCACCCUCCAAACGCACACCAUGCCCCAUAACCCAGCCUUCAACCCUUACGCCAUAUAUCCCACCAAGGCUAUUCUCAAGCUCAACGGUGAUCUCGAUACUAUGACACAAGGCUGGUCGAAGGAAGAACGCACGACCCAACGCCGCCUGGUGCAAUUCACUCGCUCCCAAACCGGCAGCACCAUCCAGGGCGAGUUCAAGGCUGUUACUCCUGAGGAUCGCGCCCCGAGCAGUAUCUGCAUCAGCUGCAUUUUAUGGGAGGACAAGAAUGAGUGCUACGUAACCAGCGUGGAUACCAUAUAUUUGCUCGAGUCCCUUGUGGCUGUGCGUUUCACUGUUGAAGAGAAGAACCGUAUUCGUCGCAACUUGGAGGGAUUCCGCCCCCUGACCGUCUCCAAGGCCAAGGUCGACAGCGAAGAGUUCUUCAAGGUCAUCAUGGGCUUCCCUGCUCCCAAGCCUCGUAACAUCGAGAAGGAUGUCAAGGUCUUCCCCUGGAAGGUCCUGAGCCACGCACUGAAGAAAAUCAUUGGAAAAUAUUCCGCCAGCUAUUCCUCAACCGCCGGUGCUCUCCCCACACCAAUGACCACCACCUACACCAGCCAUGCCAGCCAUGGCACUGGUUCUGAUUCCGGUACCGAGCCUCACACUGCCAACUCCCCGCAGUCCAUCUCCGACGCUGGCGCUGGCAACACCUACACUGGUAUGCCCGUCCAGGGCUACUCGCAGGCAGACCACUCCGCCUCCCACUUGUCUUCGGCCCCCGACCUCCGAUCCAUGAUCGCAGUGUCCCAGCCCUAUACAUCUGUCGGAGCAUACUCAUAUCCGGCCAUGUGCCAUCCCCAGAGUUCCCACGGUCUCGCAGCCCCGGCUCCGCGACCGUCUUGGGACAUGCACCCUCUCGGCCCCAACACUCCUCACACCGGCGCACCAGGAAAUGGCGGAUGCUACACCUACUUGGAUCCCGUGUACUCGAUGCACGACACGGCCCACGGCGGCCACUGA